UCCUUGCUCACGGUACGUUCCCUCCCCAGGAUGUUUAAAUCCUCACGGUUGAACGAGCCUGUCUUGUCUGUAAGCCUUGUCAGCAGCCAACCAACCAACCUAACCCAGUGAGCUCGCUCGCUCACUGGGCCGAGAUCUGGUGCAUAUGUUCCAUGCUGGCGGGGGUUUAUCAGAUAUCAAACCAACAUACGUCCCUUACCUAUACCGGAAACCAAAACCUUACAGCGAUUAGAGUGCCGAUGGGCUGAUGAUCCCGCACCUAUAGCAGCAGCAGCAUCCUUCCCGCACGAUAGAUCGCAGCACUCGCAGCGGCGGCUGCCCCAGACUAUCGCCCACAGGGGCGAUGCGUCGGCGUUUCCAGAAAACUCGAUGGGCGCCUUUCGGGGCGCCGUCGCCGUCGGCGCGCAUGCCCUCGAGACGGACAUCCACCUGUCCCGGGACGGCGUCGUCGUGCUCUCACAUGACGCCUCGCUCAAGCGGUGUUUUGGAAUCAACCAAAAGAUCGCCGACUGCGACUGGAGCUACCUGAGCACCCUCCAGACGCUCCGGGAGCCGCGCCAGAGCCUACCGCGGCUGUCGGACCUGCUCGAGUAUCUGGCCCAGCCGGGGCUCGAGUCUGUGUGGGUGCUGCUGGACAUCAAGAUGGACGACGACCCCGACGACCUCCUGAGCAGGACGGCAGAGACUAUCGCAUCGGCCCCAACGACGCGGCCCUGGAAUGAGAGGAUCCUUCUCGGUGGCUGGAACGAAAACUACUUGGAACUCUGCAAGGAAUACUUCCCGGGGUUUCCAGUCGCCUACAUUGGCUUUACGCUGCUGUACGCGAAACGCUUCCUCGAGCAGCCGCAGGUCAACUUCAACCUGGCGCAGAGGUCGCUGGUCGGGCCCGCCGGCAGGUACUUUGUCAAGGCGAUCCGCGAGGCGCGGCGCGCGCUGUUCGUUUGGACCGUCAACGACGAGGAGUGGAUGGAGUGGUCGAUCCGGAAGAAGGUCGACGGCGUCAUCACCGACAACCCCAGGCUGUUCCUUGACGUGUGCAGUCGCUGGGAGGCCGAGGGCCGUGGGUCCCGCAGAUGGAGGGUGCCCAGCGCCCGCGGCGUCCGGCUGUACCUCACGGCGUUCUGCAUCCAGGCCCUCCAGCUCGUCUUCACGGCCCUGUUGUGGCGGAAGCUGAAUAGCAUGGGCAAGAGGAGGCAGCUGCCCCUCAAGCCGCUAGAGAGCAUAUGAAGGAGGUUUGGAUCCGGGUUUCUUGCUUCUUCCUCCCUACUUUUUGUCUUUCAUCUCUCUUGCAUCUAUGGCUUGGCGCUGGUGGAGUUGAAGUUUUAUAAUCGGGGAUACCCAAUUGUGCAGCUAUUCAGAGUUGCGACAUGAUGGCGGUGAAAGCAGUGAGGCUUUUCAUUCAUUAAACCGGCGAAUCAUUACAACACAUUUUUUGGUCUUUGCCAUAAUUUCUGACUGUUUUGCUAUCCGGCUUACAUGAGUACUCCUUCUGUCAGGUUAACUUCGUU